UGAUUAUUUCUAUGAGGUCAUGAAUAUGUUUGUUACAUAGGGGAUCCAUCAUCAUACUGGCGUGGCUGAUACUUUUGCAUCAUUAAAUGCUCUUAUGAAGACCAGAUGCAUGAUCAACAAGAUUGUCUAGAAAAAAAUAACAGUGAUCACGGCCGCCUUUCUCCUGAUGAGAAGAUGAUGAGAGUACCAGAGGAGACUGUGUUUUGUCCCAUGGCAGGCUGAGAAGAGCAACUGGGCAAUGAUAAUGUCAUGAUGACAGAGAAAACUGCACUGUCUUCCCAUACUGCUGUUACAAUAAAGAAAAACUACACACAGUUGGAAACUUGGCCAAAAAAGGGAUAUUUUCCAGGAACAAGGAAAGGAUAUUUCCUAGAAACAGUAGUAGUCGUAUCUGUUUCAAUUUGCUUGUGCGGAUUAAUUGGCAAUGGAGUUAUCUUCUGGUUUCUCUGCACCAGGAUCAAGAGGACUAGAUUCACAAUAUACAUUUUUAAUUUGGUAGCUGCUGAUCUUGCUGUGCUCGUCUACUACAUUUUAGUUUUUAUUUUAUUUGUGACACCAUUUUAUGUUGAUCUAUACUUUUCACGCAUAAUGGAAAACAUUUACUCAUUUGUAUACAACUCCAGCAUCUAUUUUUUAACAGCGAUCAGUACAGAAAGAUGCCUCAUGGUCUUUAUCCCAACUCGUUAUCAACAUCAACGGCCAAAGCACCUCUCAAAAAUAGUGUGUGCCAUUUUGUGGGCCUUAUCCUGUCUGGUGUCACUGGUGGUAUACAUUUCCUGUUAUCCACGAUUCCUUUCAUCUCACAGUGAAGGUAGUUUCUAUUGUGAUGCCGCAACUGUAUUUGAAAUGACAAUUAACCUCUUUAUUUUCCUUCCUGUCAUGUUCUUUACCACACUGAUCCUUUUUGUCAGAGUGCAGAAAAAUGGAAAGCAGAGUUGUUCCGAAAAGUUUGAUAUCACCGUCAUAGUCAUGGUCUUUCUGUUUUUUAUCUUUGCUUCUUCAGUUAGAAUUAUUGACGCCAUAGCCUACUGGGAUCAAAGACUAGAUGCCCCUAUCCCAUUUCUACUUUCUCUGCUGUUUGACUCUAUCAAGAGCAGCGCCAACCCUUUUGUGUAUCUUUUUGUUGGAAACUGGAAGAGAAAGAAGAUCCAGGAGCCAAACCAUAUCUUUCUGGAGAAUGCUUUGAAGUACAAAGAAAACAUGACAGAGCCUCCACAAAUAGACCAGAAGCAGGCAUCAAGGCAUCCUAGGCCUCAGACAUAAACUGAAAAAGAUUAUAAACAGAGGAAUGUUAGUUGGCAA